AACUAACUCUAAGGCUAUUUCUUGCCUGCCUCUUUAUGCUAAUCUUCUGGUCUCCUUUGCUCCUCCUCCUUCCAGCCUCCCUUAAGGGCUGUACAUGUCCAGCUGUCACAGAGGGUAACUCAGCCCAGGGGAGAAAUCCCUUGAUUUAUCCCCACAACAUUUGUUUUCCUUUGAGUAUGUAUAACUCUAGCAGUCCUCUCUAAAUACUGGAGGAACUGAAUUUCACAUCAGUGGAAGGCACUGUGCAUUGCCAAAACUAUAAUCUAUUAGAAAUAGCUACUUUGGGGGAUCUUAAACUGUAAAGGAGGACAGUUUCAAUUUACUUUGAGGAGAAAGAAGAACUAAAUCUUGGUUUUGCCACAUGACUUGGCAUCUUUAUAUGUAAGGGAGGUAACACUGGUAAAUAUCUAUUUCAGGAAUCAUGUCUAGGAAAAACUUGGAAGUUUACUAGAAUAGUAAAUGUUUUACAUGCACAGCAGCAACUCAUGUGAGUAUGUGGUUCUGCAUGCCUUCUGAGAACAAUUUUAGGUGAGUGGCUGGGGGAAGGAAAUGUUGUAGUAAUCGUAAAGCCACAGCCAGGCUGCUAGUACCAUGUCUGCUACACAGAGGAAAGGCAGCAGCCACCUGUUCACCAGUUUGUACACGUGUCAACUGGAGCUGCAGGAGAACCGGCAACAGCAAGAAAAAUCUGUCAUUGCUCAACCAACAUUUAUAUUUCAAAAGGGAGAACAAACUUUUAAGAGACCCGCAGAAGAUACCCUGCACGAAGCAGCACAACAUGGAUGUAAUGGUUUCUCAAGAAAACGUGUACGGUCUUCAUCUUUUACUCUUCAUAAUACAGAUUCUGGGUUCCAUGGAGGUAGUUUGUCAUCUGGUUUUUGUGUCACCUUGUCUCAGAAGCCCCUGAGAUCCUCAUCCUUUACUGACUUCCCAACCUUUCCCGCUUUGGGCCCAGUAAAAAAACACAAUGUUUUUAUGACAUCAACUCUCGUGCAAAGGAAUUUUGAUAUGAACAGUGUAGAACAAGGUCCUGUAAAACACUCUGAGUAUGUUCUAAGACCUGCUAUUCUGCAGCCACCUCAAGUUCAAAGCUGUGAAAAUGGAAGCAAAAUAUGUUGGCACAAUGAGUCAGAAUCCUGCAAGAUUAAAGAAAAAACAAAACAUAAGAUUUCUGAGGAGAACUCCGGGUUAUUAAGUGAAACUUCACCAAUUUCCAGAAUUUCAGCUGAACAUUUUUUAGGUGCAGCAUUAGUAGGAUGUCAACCAAAUGAAGAUAAAUGUUCUAGUAAAAGCUGCAGCUCUGACUUUGUUUUUGGAGAAAACAUGGUAGAAAGAGUUUUGGGCACUGAAACACUAACCCAACCUCAGCUUGAAAAUGAUUCAGAUGUCAAGGAAAAAACAUUUAAAUCCAUUCUAAAAUUUCCUAUCAACUCUCCAAAAUCAAGAACAAACUCUGUUAAAAGUACAUCUCUAAUUGAAUCAGCUGCCGCUUUCUCAUCCCAACCAUCACAAAAAUGCUUGCUGGAGAAAAUUGAUGUUAUAACAGGAGAGGAAACAGAACACAAUGUGUUAAAGAUCAACUGCAAGCUUUUUAUAUUCAACAAGGCAACACAAUCCUGGAUUGAAAGGGGCAGAGGAACUUUGAGACUGAAUGAUACAGCAAGCAGUGACUGUGGGACAUUACAGUCAAGAUUAAUUAUGCGCAAUCAAGGGAGCCUGAGGCUGAUCUUCAAUAGCAAACUAUGGGCUCAAAUGAAGAUUCAAAGAGCAAACCAGAGAAAUUUACAAAUAACAGCUACUGAUUUAGAAGACAGUAGCAUCAAAGUAUUUUUAAUUCAGGCUGGUGCUAAAGACACAGGAUAUCUUUAUGCAGCAAUACAUCAUCGUCUUGUUGCCCUGCGAAGCUUCAAUAAUAAGCAGAAAGAUGUCGAUCCAGCUGAAAGUCAGUCAGAAAGAGUCCGCCAACAAGUGAACUAUGAAAGCUGUGACGAGGAUGAGGAUGAUUUCAUCCAAGUCACCAAGACUGGAUCAGAUCCUUCUAGGUGGACCCACAGCCAGUCAGUUGCCUGUUCAUGAGUAUUACCUACUAUUAACGCGACAACAUCUACAAAACUUUGGUCACUCUGCUGAAAAUUCCAAAUCAUCUAACUUAAUGAGAAGAUACUAUUCAUUCCUCGAAAGUUUUUUAGAAGAGUUUAAGAAAUACAAUUUUUGGCCAUUUAAUUUUUUCUUUCAUGUUUUGUAUUUUGAUUCCUAUGGGGAAAUGUCAGAAUUUAAUAGAUGGAUUUCAGUAGUAUAAAAUUUAUCAUUUUUGAGGAAAUUUAGAAUAGAACUUGCCAACUAAUCUUGAUUAUUCAUCACAUUGAUGGAUAUAUUGCCUAAAGUUAUAAAAUGCUGGAUUUGAUAAAUGUCUAAGGUUCUUUUCAGUCAUAUAUUCUUUGACUAUAAAACAAAUAUUUACUACAGUAUCAGUCAUUUCUUUAAAAAGUUCUAUAGUUGCAUGAUAACAUUUCAUUAAAUCAUGUUUAUCCUCUGGAAAAUACAUAUUUUUAUUUAACCUUUGGCUUUCCUAGUAAUAUAAACCUGUACAUUCAAGUAUGGGUUUCUUUGCAGAAAGUAUCUGUGCUUGGACUUGUAUUCAUUGCAUCUUAUAUAUGCUUGAGUCAUGGUCAAUACACAAUAGUUGAAUGAAUGAAUAAAAUGUAAUGCAUUACCUAUGUAUAAAAAUACAGUAUACAAAAAUCCAAA